UACGAGUUUGAGCAGAGGGCCGAGGCAGCCGGGGGAGCUGGCAGAGAAAGGCAGCAGGUCCAGCUGGUCGGUGUCCACUCGGACUCAGACACGCUCGCCCCGGACACACUCGGCCCGGCCCAGGAGGAGGUGAGCGGGUCACCAUGGCGCUCAGCCUCUCCGCCACAUCCAUUCCCAGCAACUGGUUCCCAGGCUACCCGGAGGCUGCCUGUGGAGAGAGAGAACACCUCGUUCAGCACCCGUCUGACCAGGUGGCCAUGAGUGGCAGGGGCGGCAAAGAGGCUGUGCAGGCCGCGGCCCGGGAACUCCUGAAGUUCGUGAACCGGAGCCCCUCUCCUUUCCACGCGGUGGCCGAGUGCCGCAGCCGCCUCCUCCAGGCUGGCUUCCAUGAACUCAAGGAGACAGAGACCUGGGAUAUCAGGCCUGAGAGCAAGUACUUCCUGACCAGGAACUCCUCCACCAUCAUCGCCUUCGCCGUGGGAGGCCAGUAUGUUCCUGGCAAUGGGUUCAGCCUCAUUGGGGCCCACACGGACAGUCCCUGCCUCCGGGUGAAACGGCGGUCUCGCCGCAGCCAGGUGGGCUUCCACCAGGUUGGUGUGGAGACCUAUGGUGGUGGGAUCUGGAGCACCUGGUUUGACCGUGACCUGACCUUGGCUGGACGUGUCAUUGUCAAGUGCCCCACCUCAGGCCGGCUGGAGCAGCGGCUGGUGCACGUGGACCGGCCCAUUCUGCGCAUCCCACACCUGGCCAUCCAUCUGCAGCGAAAUGUCAACGAGAACUUUGGGCCCAACAUGGAGAUGCACUUGGUCCCCAUUCUUGCCACAGCAGUCCAGGAGGAGCUGGAGAAAGGGACUCCUGAGCCUGGGCCUCUCAAUGCUGCAGAUGAGCGGCACCACUCAGUCCUCAUGUCCCUUCUCUGCGCCCACCUGGGGCUAAGCCCUGAGAACAUUUUGGAGAUGGAACUCUGCCUUGCAGACACACAGCCUGCGGUCCUGGGUGGGGCCUAUGAGGAGUUCAUCUUUGCCCCUCGGCUGGAUAAUCUGCACAGCUGCUUCUGUGCCCUGCAGGCCUUGAUCGACUCCUGUGCAAACCCUGCCUCCCUGGCCUCGGAGCCCCACGUGCGCAUGAUUGCUCUCUACGACAACGAAGAGGUGGGGUCCGAGAGCGCCCAGGGGGCGCAGUCACUGCUGACGGAGCUGGUGCUGCGGCGGAUCUCAGCGUCGCCCCAGCACCUGACGGCCUUCGAGGAAGCCAUCCCCAAGUCCUACAUGAUCAGCGCGGACAUGGCCCACGCCGUACACCCCAACUACCUGGACAAGCAUGAGGAGAACCACCGGCCCUUAUUCCACAAGGGCCCUGUGAUCAAGGUGAACAGCAAGCAACGCUAUGCCUCGAACGCGGUCUCAGAGGCUCUCAUCCGAGAGGUGGCCAGCAGCGUCGGGGUGCCCCUGCAGGAUCUCAUGGUCCGGAAUGACUCCCCAUGUGGCUCCACCAUUGGACCCAUCUUGGCUUCUCGGCUGGGGCUGCGGGUACUGGAUCUAGGCAGCCCGCAGCUGGCCAUGCACUCCAUCCGGGAGACCGCCUGCACCACAGGAGUCCUCCAGACCCUCACGCUCUUCAAGGGCUUCUUUGAGCUGUUCCCUUCUCUGAGCCGUAACCUCUUAGUGGACUGAGCCCUCUUGGAAAGACUUGCACUUGAGAGGGGAAGUUCUCAGCUGAGCUGAAGCUGGAUUAUUAAAGCGGAUUUUUCACUCAGA